CUCAUACGAGAGUGUUGAAAUCAAAACGACAUCAUAUUAAAAAUAAUAAGUUAAAAUUAAAAUUGAGGAAUACUGAGUGAGGGUGAAUGAGAGUUGAAAACUGAGAGGUGAUAUAUCCCUUGUAUGGGUCAGUGAGGCUAACGAAGCCUAGCAACCAGCGUUUUCAUUGUAGUUAAUUAGAGCUAAUAAUCAUCACAACAUCUUAUUAAUGUUUUUUCCUAAUUAUUCAACACUUCCCAUUUUUGUUCAGUUUGAAUCAUUCAACUCAACUACUUAGGGUGCAAUGCUGUGAUUUGUCAAUCGAUUGGCUCAUGAGUCAUGCAAUACAAAUUGGCCUGAAAUGGGAACAGGUUGUUGAGGUCGGAUCAGGUGGGAUAAGGUUGUGAAUCAAAUUUUUGUUAUACUUCAAGAUGGCUGAAAUUCUAGAAGAUUUGAUAUCAGUUGAGGACCUGAAGGUGUUUGAGCAGAAGUACUACGAAGAGCUGCGCGCGGAAAAGGGCGCAGUCAGCGAGUCGACCCAGUUCCAGUACGCCUGCUGCCUGGUGCGCAGCGGGUACGCGGCAGAUGUACGCAAGGGCAUACAGAUGCUCACCUCACUCCUGAAGACGCCCAGCGCCGGUGGCGGCGGGCAGGACGCCGCGCAGAGAGACUACCUGUACUUCCUGGCCGUGGGCUGCGCCAAAGUCAAGGAGUACGUAGAUUCUCUGAAGCACGUCCGUAAGCUGUUGGAGAUGGAACCGACCAACCGGCAGGCCAAAGAUCUGGAGAAGGUGGUACAGAAGAAGAUGGAGCGGGAGGCGUACAUGGGCGCAGCGGUAGCCGGCGGAGCGGUGCUGGCGGUCGGUGGCAUUGUCGGCCUGGCGAUGGCGCUCACCAAGCGACACUAGUCGGCCGCGGUGAGAAACGAGAGUGCGUUCUACUGCCGACAGAUGGCAGGGUGGGCGCCUGUCAGCCGGCAUGCGCCGAGCGUUUCUGAAUGUGGCGAACGAGCAAACGACGUGAGAGCUGGUAUGUCUGAACGACUGGGUUGUGCUUGUACUCGGCUGCCGUUCAAUUUGAUGAUGUCUUUCGGCGAAGCACCGCUUUUCCGACCGCACUCAAUAACUGAAGGGGGAUGCUGGCCCUGAAAGCGCGACACGGGGCUUUAUCUGGUUUGGCCAGGUCGCGUUUUAAAUGCGAGGUACGGUUAAGGAUCUAUCGUGAGUGUUGUCAUAUUAUAUUUAUAGUCUUUGUAUGGUUUGUUCAGUUGUAUCAAUUAUGGAACAGCAUAUGUUACUGUACUGUGCUGUUCAAAUAUAAUUUUAGACAAUGA